UAAGUUCCCAACAGCGAGAAUCGAGGAGUCUUUUGACCGAGACAGACAUAUAAAACGUGCAAAAGGCGACGAUAUCAUUAAAGCCAACUCCUACCCCAAUAUGUUUAUUGGCAUAAUGUCUAGUGCUAAUAACGUUAGUACACACUACGAUUAUCAAAUUUGAAAACCACACGGGAGGUUGACACUAUGGCAUUGGAUUUCGUAGCUGGGUGCAUUGGGGGUUGUGCGGGCAUUAUCGCUGGUCAUCCUUUAGACACUUUAAAAGUACACAUACAGUCGGGGAGAGGUAGUCCUCUGGAAUGCACAAAAGCUCUUUUAAGGAGUGGAACGAUUGCAACUGCGUAUAGAGGAGUCGGAGCUCCUCUCGGAGGGAUCGCCGGCUUGAACGCCAUUGUGUUUGGUGCCUACGGACACACGAGAAGAGCGCUGCCUAACCCGGAUUCAAUAUCAUCCCAUGCGUUGGCUGGAGGUAUCGCAGGAUUGUUUCAAAGUACUAUCUGUGCUCCUGUCGAACUUGUAAAGACACGUCAACAACUAGCUAGAGCAGCAGAUCCUAUUCCAAAUGGCGCGUUAGGUGGAGCAAGAUAUGUUUUACGGACUGGUGGCUUCAGAGCUCUGUUCCGUGGUCUGGGUGUGACCAUGUUACGUGACAGCCCAGCGUUUGCAGCAUACUUUGCGGUAUACGAAGCCAUGACGCGCAAUGAUAAGUCUGCAGCUAAAGUAUUUACGGCUGGCGGGUUAGCGGGAGCAGCGUCGUGGAUUCUUGUAUAUCCACUGGAUGUUGUGAAGUCUAGGAUGCAAGGGGAUAUUAUUGGAAAGUACUCGAGUUCGUGGGACUGUUUCGUGAAGUCUGUAAGAUCUGAUGGUUUGCGGUGUAUGGGGCGAGGGAUGGUGGCCGUGACAGUGCGUGCAUUCAUCAGUAAUGGCGCUUGUUUCUCGGCGGUGGUAUGGACGGAGCGCGCGUGGCAACACUGCUCGUCGCAGACGACCCUGCACACUCUGGUGCAGGCGGCUGCAGUCAUUGCCGAUACCGGACAAGAGAAAACGGAACGUAACUUUGACUUGUAAAACUGUGUUCGUUGUUAGAUAUGUAGUUCGUUGUUAGGUAUGUAAGGUAUAUAAACUGGUUGUAAUAUACUUACGUAGCGGCACUUAUGAACGGCGAUCGCAUUAUAUAUGUAUUUCUUAUCAUGCACAAUAUUGUGAUAAGUACCUACUUAUCUUGUAUAUUUUAUGUAUGUUUUAAUACAUAAAUUUACAAAGCUAAGACUCUUUUAAUUAAUAUAAGAUCUUAUGUGCGAAAAUGCAAGCUGCAUUGGAACAGCAGAAUCGGAAAAACUAUGGGGAAAGGGGAUAGCGGGAGAUGUGUGGCUGAAGUGACGACUGUAUGAAAAUGGAUGCAAUUUUGCUCCAAUUAUAAUAAACUGAUCAAUUUUU